AUGCGAGCAAUUCUUGUAAAAGGCGGGCAAGGAACGGCCGAUAGCCUCUACAUUGGAGAUGCACCUACACCAACUCCUCGUCCGACAGAAGUCAUAGUCCAGAUCAAGGCAUUUGGAUUGAAUCGAAUGGAUAUUUCCCAAAGAGAGGGAAAGUAUCCACCUCCUCCAGGGUCAUCGAAUAUCCUGGGAGUUGAGUUCUCUGGAAUCAUCAGUCAACUAGGUUCAGAUGUGUCAACUUGGAAGAUUGGUGAUGAAGUUCUUGGACUUGCGGGUGGGGGAGCAUACGCGGAGUUUAUAGCCGUCAAUGAGACGCACAUCAUCCCGAAGCCUGCACAUUUGACAUGGACUGAGGCAGCUAGUAUUCCUGAAGUCUUCUUGACGGCCUUCCAAGCCUUAGUCGUGAUCGGACAAGUCAAACAAAAUGACAAUGUUCUCGUACAUGCAGGCGCUUCAGGUGUGGGUGUAUCCGCAAUUCAGUUGGCCCGAGUAUAUGGCGCACGCACUGUUACCGCGACGACAUCAACCCAAGAAAAGAUUGACUGGCUUUUGAACCUUCCAAACGGCGCAACGCACGCGGCCAACUACAAAACCGAGGAUUUCGCCGCAGUGGUGAAAGAGGUCACUGAAAAUAAAGGGGCUAAUGUCGUCAUCGAUUUCGUUGGGCGAACCCACUUCAAUAAAAACAUUGAAGCGAUGGCUAUUGAUGGUAGAAUGACCAUGUUGGCUUUGUUAAGCGGAACUGUCGUCGAGUCGGUCAAUCUCGCUCCAAUCCUUUACAAGAGACUUCAUAUAGAAGGAUCGACGCUGCGUUCGCGUUCACUCGAAUAUCAGAGAGAUUUGAUCGCAAAGUUCUACAAAGAAGUCUUCCCCAAGAUUACCGGGGAGUCUGGGGCUGGGCCUAUUCGGACAUACAUUCACAAGGUGUAUCCAUGGACUGAAAUUCAGGCCGCACAUCGGGAGAUGGAGGCGAACAGUAACAGUGGUAAAAUCAUUGUAGAGGUAGUGUAG